AUGGUCUCCUACACGUUUAUCGACCCUUCAGAGGUAGCCCAACUGUACCAUUCGGGCCUCGAACCAGGGCGCGAUUUCCAAGUCGUGGAUGUGAGGGAUGAGGAUCGGAUAGGGGGACAUCUGUACGUACUGCACCUGCUCAACCCAAGAUAUGGUGGCUUCAGGUGCGAAUUUGGGUCGAGAUAGGCUCAGCUGUGGCGUCGAUCUACGUCGGACAGCAGGCGUAUGACUAAUUCGCUGUUUCGUGUCGACCGUCCAGACCAGGAUCGAUGCGAGCACCCUCCGAACAACGUACCUUGCAAUCCGUCCAAGACCUCGUGGUCAAGCUGGAAGGAGGUUAGUGGAUCCCACACCGCAACGAUGGGGUCAUUCCAGCCCGCCCUCAGAAGAACGAAGACGGGGCUGACAAGUCGACUUGUUCCUGAUUCGUAGUUCCAAAGGUCAUCUUUCAUUGCACCCUGAGUCGUACGUCUUCGAACUCUGACCUUUGCUCCUAUAUCCCCACCGAUUUAUACUUGCCCAACUUCUGACUCUCCUGCUUCCAUCCCGCGGGGAACCGAAAUGCCCCGGCGAACAGAAAUCCGAGGCCCCAAAGCCGCCUCUCUCUACUGCACGGCACUGAACGAACGACACGACGCACUUGAACUCGGAUCCGCAACAUCAGAUUCGACCAUCAAAAACUCUGGCAAUCCCACACCAGCACCUUCAACUAAGGACUCGACGAACACACGGGCCGCUCAAAACUUUUCCCCGAAUCCUUUCGAGUUGAACGCAUCCGCUUCGGAGCAGAACCGAUCACAGCAAGUAUUGGUGUUAAGGGGUGGUUUCGGCGAGUGGCAGAGGAUGUACAAGGUUCGUCUUGACUGUUUGGACUCGGGGAAAUCGCUCGCAAGCUGAUGAACUUUCUCGAUUCCAAUGCAGGAUGAUCCGAAAUUGGUCGAAGGCUUCGAUCCUUCGAUUUGGGUAGAGGGGGAAGAUUACUAG